CUCCGUGUGUGUGUUCCAGUCAACAGUGCAUUGUUGUGCGGACCUUGUAUGCAUGUGUACCAGGACAGGCAGUGUGUGGUUAAAGAGUGUGUAUCAGGACAGGCAGUGUGAGGUUAGAGAGUGUGUAUCAGGACAGUGUGUGGUUAGAGAGUGUGUAUCAGGACAGUGUGUGGUUAGAGAGUGUGUAUCAGGACAGUGUGAGGUUAGAGAGUGUGUAUCAGGACAGUGUGAGGUUAGAGAGUGUGUGGUUAGAGAGUGUGUAUCAGGACAGUGUGAGGUUAGAGAGUGUGUAUCAGGACAGUGUGUAUCAGGACAGUGUGUGGUUAGAGAGUGUGUAUCAGGACAGUGUGAGGUUAGAGAGUGUGUAUCAGGACAGUGUGAGGUUAGAGAGUGUGUAUCAGGACAGUGUGAGGUUAGAGAGUGUGUGGUUAGAGAGUGUGUAUCAGGACAGUGUGAGGUUAGAGAGUGUGUAUCAGGACAGUGUGUAUCAGGACAGUGUGUGGUUAGAGAGUGUGUAUCAGGACAGUGUGAGGUUAGAGAGUGUGUGGUUAGAGAGUGUGUAUCAGGACAGUGUGUGGUUAGAGAGUGUGAGGUUAGAGAGUGUGUAUCAGGACAGUGUGUGGUUAUAGAGUGUGUAUCAGGACAGUGUGUGGUUAGAGAGUGUGUAUCAGGACAGUGUGUGGUUAUAGAGUGUGUAUCAGGACAGUGUGUGGUUAGAGAGUGUGUAUCAGGACAGUGUGAGGUUAGAGAGUGUGUAUCAGGACAGUGUGUGGUUAGAGAGUGUGAGGUUAGAGAGUGUGUAUCAGGACAGUGUGAGGUUAGAGAGUGUGUAUCAGGACAGUGUGAGGUUAGAGAGUGUGUAUCAGGACAGUGUGAGGUUAGAGAGUGUGUGGUUAGAGAGUGUGUAUCAGGACAGUGUGGGGUUAGAGAGUGUGAGGUUAGAGAGUGUGUAUCAGGACAGUGUGAGGUUAGAGAGUGUGUAUCAGGACAGUGUGAGGUUAGAGAGUGUGUAUCAGGACAGUGUGGGGUUAGAGAGUGUGAGGUUAGAGAGUGUGUAUCAGGACAGUGUGAGGUUAGAGAGUGUGUAUCAGGACAGUGUGAGGUUAGAGAGUGUGUAUCAGGACAGUGUGAGGUUAGAGAGUGUGUGGUUAGAGAGUGUGUAUCAGGACAGUGUGAGGUUAGAGAGUGUGUGGUUAGAGAGUGUGUAUCAGGACAGUGUGUGGUUAGAGAGUGUGUAUCAGGACAGUGUGUGGUUAGAGAGUGUGUAUCAGGACAGUGUGAGGUUAGAGAGUGUGUAUCAGGACAGUGUGUGGUUAGAGAGUGUGUGGUUAGAGAGUGUGUAUCAGGACAGUGUGGGGUUAGAGAGUGUGAGGUUAGAGAGUGUGUAUCAGGACAGUGUGAGGUUAGAGAGUGUGUAUCAGGACAGUGUGAGGUUAGAGAGUGUGUAUCAGGACAGUGUGGGGUUAGAGAGUGUGAGGUUAGAGAGUGUGUAUCAGGACAGUGUGAGGUUAGAGAGUGUGUAUCAGGACAGUGUGAGGUUAGAGAGUGUGUGGUUAGAGAGUGUGUAUCAGGACAGUGUGAGGUUAGAGAGUGUGUGGUUAGAGAGUGUGUAUCAGGACAGUGUGUGGUUAGAGAGUGUGUAUCAGGACAGUGUGUGGUUAGAGAGUGUGUAUCAGGACAGUGUGAGGUUAGAGAGUGUGUAUCAGGACAGUGUGAGGUUAGAGAGUGUGUAUCAGGACAGUGUGUGGUUAGAGAGUGUGUGGUUAGAGAGUGUGUAUCAGGACAGUGUGUGGUUAGAGAGUGUGUAUCAGGACAGUGUGUGGUUAGAGAGUGUGUAUCAGGACAGUGUGAGGUUAGAGAGUGUGUAUCAGGACAGUGUGAGGUUAGAGAGUGUGUAUCAGGACAGUGUGUGGUUAGAGAGUGUAUAUCAGGGCAGUGUGAGGUUAGAGAGUGUGUGGUUAGAGAGUGUGUAUCAGGACAGUGUGAGGUUAGAGAGUGUGUAUCAGGACAGUGUGAGGUUAGAGAGUGUGUAUCAGGACAGUGUGAGGUUAGAGAGUGUGAGGUUAGAGAGUGUGUAUCAGGACAGUGUGAGGUUAGAGAGUGUGUGGUUAGAGAGUGUGUAUCAGGACAGUGUGAGGUUAGAGAGUGUGAGGUUAGAGAGUGUGUAUCAGGACAGUGUGAGGUUAGAGAGUGUGAGGUUAGAGAGUGUGUAUCAGGACAGUGUGAGGUUAGAGAGUGUGAGGUUAGAGAGUGUGUAUCAGGACAGUGUGUGGUUAGAGAGUGUGUAUCAGGACAGUGUGAGGUUAGAGAGUGUGUAUCAGGACAGUGUGGGGUUAGAGAGUGUGAGGUUAGAGAGUGUGAGGUUAGAGAGUGUGAGGUUAGAGAGUGUGUGGUUAGAGAGUGUGUAUCAGGACAGUGUGAGGUUAGAGAGUGUGUAUCAGGACAGUUAUAGGUUAGAGAGUGUGUAUCAGGACAGUGUGAGGUUAGAGAGUGUGUAUCAGGACAGUGUGGGGUUAGAGAGUGUGUAUCAGGACAGUGUGGGGUUAGAG